AUGCCACCAAAGGAAUUCAAUUACAAGCCGCAGGAAGAUUACCCGUUCGUGGCGGCCAUUCUGAUGGUCGUGUCCACGCUGCUGGCCGUCAUCUCCUACCUGCACAUCGAAAUGCCGCUGUCCAUUCUGGCUCUGGUGGCUCACGCCUUUCUGCUCCUCACCACCUGGCAGAAACUCAACAAGAAGACGGUCUCGUUUCCCUACGUCUACUUCCAGGUUGUCAUGGUGUCUGUGUUCCAGAUUGUCUUUGCGCACGUCUUGGGCUUCUUCCACUUGUUUAUCAGCCUGGGGGCGGUGUGGUUGCUGCAGCAGGCGGAGGUUGCGGGUGUCAAGAUCCAGUGA